AGAAUUAAGCAAGUGUUGUGUUCGUCCUUUUCUAUUUUUAAUUUAAGGGCAUUCUGAUUUUUCAACACACCAGAUUCCACACACAUAUCCAAGAGAAAAAUCAUCAUCAUCUCUCUCUGUUCAGCUUCUUCCCGUAAUCUCUCUGGCUAGGACAAUAUUGUGUUUCCAUGGCGACUAGAAUGGCUGCUAGAUAUAUCUCGCGCAGGCUGUCAAGCAACGGAAAAAUCUUCAGUGAGGAGGAGAAGGCUGCUGAAAAUAUCUACAUCAAGAAAAUGGAACAAGAGAAGCUGGAUAAACUUGCUCGAAAGGGCCCCGGAGCAGGUGAAGCCCCAGCAUCAGGAUCUGUAGCUGAUGCUAAACCAAGCGGCGGCGGCGGCGGCGGCGGCGGCAGCGGUGCCUCUGAAACUCCUACUGUUUCAACUGACAAGUACAGAAACUACGGUGUCGUUGCCGGUAUUCUUACCAUGGCCACCGCUUUUGGAUGGUAUUUGGGUUCAGAGAAGAAACCCAAAGAAGUGCAGGACUGAUAGAGAAAGCUCUCUUGAGUGUGAGGUCACUAUGUUCACGAAAUAAUAGCAAACAAAUUCCAUUGCAUUUUGUUUCAUAAGUAACUCCGAAAUAUGAGGAUUCGGCUCCACUGCUUGUCUGCUUGCAACACUUCAGUUUUAGCUUAAAUGAGAUGCCUUUAUUUUGCUCGUUUCAAGCAAAUGCUCUCGAGUCUUGAAAUUUAUGAAGUUUCAAAUUUACCAAAAUGCCAUUUAGCUUGUAGCCCUGGGAAGGAUGAUGGAUUGCACAAGUGAUGUGGCAAACGUUGAUUGGUUA